AUGGCCCUAUCGCGGCUUCUGGAACAGGAGAGACACCCUGUGUUUUUUAGAGGAAAUCGGUGGACGUCGAACGAUGCGCUGCGUCUCGAGGGGGGCGCUGCCUUCGUGGAAAGGGCUUCAGGGCAGCACCCCGCAGAGCCUCUCCACGCCGCCAACGCGCAUGCGGCGGAGGCUAGCGCACCCCCAGCCUCAAGCAGCUCUGCAGAGAGAGAGUUUCUCUUGAGACAGCACCCCCCUUCCCCCCCCGCAAGUGGCGCUGAUCUCCCUGCCCCCCCAGAGGCCUCGUUGCCCAAGGCACUCAGCGAUGUGCAGGGGACGCCGCCUCUUCUUCUCGAGGCACACAGUUCUGCAGCAACGGCGACUGCAGCAGUGGCAGCAGCGGCAGCGGCAGCGGCGAGUGCAGAAGAGCCAAGCGGGAGUUUCUUGCAGGUGUUGAGCAGUGCGGAUGCCUGCGCCUCUUCGGCGGGCAGUAUGGGCCUGCGUGUGAGGCAACUGCUGAGCUGGGGAGCGCUAGGCCUCUUGGCAGUCAAAAUGGUAAUCCGACGGGACCGCUCCAGGCGUCCAAAGCGGGUGCUGCUGCUAGACUUUUUGAGCACAGUCGCCGCAUGGCAGCUCCUCGAGCUGUGGCCUCCCUAUGAACUGCCUGCUCCCACCGUGGCAAGGGCUUCCGAAGGGUCUUUGGCAGACUCUUGCGACAUAUACGCGGCUGCGCUUCUUAUCGAGGAGCUUUUGUGGCUGUUUACGCUCAAAGUCCUAAUGCGACAGGCAGAGAAGCACUUCGGAUACAGGCAGGGGGAGUACUUGCUGGAGAGCACCGACUGGGUAGAGCAAGACACAGAGGCACCGGGGGGGGCCUCCCUUGCAGCCUGCAGGAGGCGGAUGCCUCUGGCAUGGAAACGCAGUGCCUCCAAAAGGCUCCUGCUGCGCUGGGGAAUUGACUGGUGUCAAUAUUUCCAGCAGCUAGUGGUGUUGCUCAUUUGCGUCGCAGCGGCUCAGUUGGUCACUCUGCUGCUUUUGCUGCUGCUCGCUGCCCCCCUAGCUCCCAUUGUAGCCGCUCCUCUUUGGCUCCUCCAUCGAGACAACGCGUCGCUGCGACGCUUUAUUGUGGCCUUGGCGUGCCCCAUGUGCACAGACCUCGUGCAAUUCUGCAGCUUGGACGCCCUCAUACGGAGACGCCCUCCCCCGCUGGCACCCGUCGAGGAUAGCGACACCAUCGGCCUGAAUACAGGCGCAAAAAAAGCACCCCGCUUCUCGAGAGAAACUAUUUGCAAACACCCACCCGCCAGCCCUGCCCCAACACAGUUCAGAAGGAGAUGCAAAGCUGUUCGCCAAUCAGUCCGCAUGGAAGCCAUACCUGUAAGGAAGCGUGCACCGCCGAGAUUUCAAGGCAAUAGGGCAGACUGCACGGGAACGGUAAAAGCACUGCUAAUAAGAUGCCAAGUUAUCGAGCUCGAAUGCGUACCACUUGCAAACAAGCUUCGAACCAGCUGGAAGCAUCGGAACGGCACUCGAGCUGAAUCUGUUCUAAUUACUGGAAAGUGUUUGCCCGGAGUCUGGCCUGUUCAAGUAGUAUCAUGA